AUGUUGCUGCUCCGCGGCCAAUUGAGCUCCAAACAUCUCCAGCAACUCCAUAUCAUUAACAGCAGUAGCAAGACCCUUCGUCGCUUCUACUCCUCGUCGAAUCGCACAAUUCAAGAGUACGACGUCCUUUUCCUCCGCCAGCAUGGAGCCAAGCACGCAAAAUGGCAUCUCUCGGCUCCCUUGAAGUCAGACUCCCGCGUGAGGCUUUCGUAUGGCGCUUCCAUCCCGGGGUCUGAGCUGAUCGGCCGUCGCAUUCUCGAUGUGGUCCGCGAUAGCGCUGGCAAUUCCGUGGUUCUGCAUGAACCGUCUCUUGCAAGCUACAUCAUUAACAGCGAGCGUCUUGCCACGCCGAUCUAUCCCAACGACGCCAACACAAUCGUCUCUCUUCUCGACCUCAAUCCCUCCCGUCCCGGCGAAGACGACCAAGACGAUGAAGCUCCUCCAUUCGAAAUCUUCGAAGCCGGCACAGGCAUGGGCAGCCUCACCCUCCACCUCGCUCGUGCCCUACACGCAGCAAAUCCGCCUCUACCACCUACUCUUCGACAAAUCCUCAUCUCCUCCCCCUUCAAGGCUCGCUACGAUUUCGCCACUUCAAGAGGCUGUCUAGAAAUCUCUCCCGAGGAACAAGCUGCUCUCGACGGAUAUGCUUCUUCCCGUCGCGCAGUCUUGCACACUCUCGAUCGUAACUCGAAGCAUGCUCGCGCUGCAUACAAGCUCGUUCGCAACUUUCGCCGUGCGCAGUACUUGCCUUCUGUCGAUUUCCACGUCACUUCGGUAGACGAGUUUAUAAAUCAGCGUCUUGAGCAAACGGGUGGACAGCCUUUUCUCUCACGCGCCAUUCUCGACCUCCCAUCAGCGCACGAAAACGCCGAACGUGUAAUCGAGGCCUUGCAUCCCAAUGGCCUUCUCAUCCUCUUCAAGCCCUCCAUUAGUCAAAUCGCCGAUUUCCAAGCCUGGUCCAACGAGACGAAACAGCCUGUGCGCAUGGAAAAGGUCAUUGAACUCUCUGGCGGAAGACACUGGGACGUAAAAACGGUAGUGCCGAGAGCGCAGCAGGGCGAAGACGGCAACAAUAAACCGGUACAGGUGAUGCGGCCAAGAGUAGGCGAGCGUGUUGCAGGCGGAGGCUUUGUGGCUGUACUGCGGCGAUGGCCUGUUUCUGAGGUGCCGGUCCAAGAAGCCCCUGAAGAGCCAGAGGCCCAAGAGUGA